GUUGUAGGUGGGAUGGGGUCGUGAUCUGGGCGCGCAGGGUAGAUUUUGCGGUGAAAUGGAAAUCUUUGCGGGUGAGUCAGAAUGAAUGGGAACCUCUUGACCAAGUGCAAUUGGUACAGUACGCCUGUACACUCGUUCCUUCCUACUUGGGCAGCAGCGGGAGGAAAUAAUUCAUUCAAACACAUGACGAGGAUAAGGUCGACCCUACGUACUCGUACCUCGGAGGUUUUCCCAUUGACAAUCGGAUGGGCCUCUACCUACAGCAGACUAUCGCCCAAUAGACGGCGGCAAAGCCAGCGUCAAAUCUCCUCACCACCCAACCCAGCCAAUCAGUCCCCCGCGUUUCAUCUGGCUUAGCGACCGACUUCGUGGCAGCGCUUGCCAACCACUACUUCCUCAACCUCACCAGACUUCAGACACAACCUCAACCUCCUCGGCCGCCCACGACUUGCAUCGCCCCACCCCGUGAGUAGACGGGAAACACGGCGCCGUUGGCAGCCUGUAGACUCAGACACUCCUCGAGCCGCCUGAACGGUGCCAUCUGUGUCGAGAAUAGACACAGCUGGCACCGAGAUUCUAUUCAAGGAUACAUGGCCAACACGUCGAGGACCCUUUGCGGGUCCGGUGCGGAUCGAGGCCUCUUCACAGGUUGGCGCAUGCUGCACGGGCAUGAUGACGAAAGGUGUUUGUAUGUAGAAGCUGUGUGGACGAGUGUCCGUCGGCCUGGUGCGGGAACAAAGAGAGUCGUGAGGGUGAUGGUAUGAAUAUGCCUGGAUGUUUCUGUCCGAGGUUCAUUGUUCUGUGUUUGCCAUCGAGAAGGAUUCUAGUUGGUGUACUUCUUUGUUCGCUUUUCUUCGCCUGCAUCUUUACCUCUCAUAUACCCUUUUUUGCUUAUUUUCUAUAUUCCUCGUUUAAAGAAUCGUCUACGAUACAGCUAUCGAUUUAUAUUUUAUUUUUCCCUAUAUCUAUCUACCUCGAGUCAAUUGUUGACUGUAUCACUUAUACACGAGCGCAAGAGCAUCACUCUCGAACUCUCGAACUCUUGGAUCCUCGAGAUCUAUCGGAGAUAUCUUCUGGAGAUACUCCAUAUUGGUUUCAAAUACAUUCAUAUACAAAGACAACAGGUUUGCUGGAGACCAUGGGGUGUUUUAGCAUUCGAAGGCUGGUCCUUAUUACGAUAUGGUCAUCUAUCCCCUCAGAAGCACGCCAAACCCCCUCCAUAUUUGCCAGACAAUCAUCAACUUGUCCGGAUCCCACCUACUCAACAUGUGCGAAUACCAAACUACCAGACAACUUCUGCUGUCCGCCCGUAUCAACGUGUCUAGAGCUAGCAGGAAGCACCACCCUUCUCUGCUGUCCUGCCGGAGCAGAUUGCUCUGCUAUUCAAGCAGUAUCCUGUGACAUCACACAGCAAAAUGCAACGCUCCAUCAAAAUAAUAUUUUGAAGACCACGGCGCUAGGAAAUGCAAUGGAAACAUGUGGUGCAGGAUGUUGUCCCUUUGGCUUCCACUGCAACGGAACAAUCUGCUCAAUCGACGGAACACAAGAUGCAAAGCCCACGCGUCUACCUGCCUCAUCCCCAACAUCCUCAAAUACUCCCAUCACAUCGCCAACUUCACCAUCUUCUUCGCCAGUCGACACAGCAUCCUGUCCGAAAUUCCCGGCGGUAGCUGUCAUAGCAGGAUUCUUCCCCGGCCUUGCCCUCGGUGUCCUCCUCACCAUCGCAGGAAUCUGUCUCCUGGGCGCCCACCGAAGGAAAGGGGAUAGGCGAGGAAGCGGUUCCAGCUUCGGGAAUACGAUUUCCGAACCCCAACCCAGCAGCACAAACGACAUGCGCACCGAUUUCCUCCGCAAACCACCCGGCUCACCAUCUUCGACCAGCACACGCUCCCGCUCCCAGCGCGUUCGCUCCCUCUUCCGUAAAUCUCAAGCGAGCUCCUCGUCUCAGGGGAUGUCCGAACGCAGUGUUGCGCCACCAAUGCCGCUUGUAGUUCAGAGGGGCAAGAGCGGUAGAAGCGGAGAGAGACCGACUGCUCCAAGGAAUCGACUGCAGAGGGAACCGAGUUAUGAGGAUAUCAAUAUCUUCGCGGAUGGGGAUACGGCGUCAGCGCUAAGGGCGCAUACCCCGCCUGUGGAUCUGAAGCCGCCGAGGAGUUUGACGGGAAAUGGGAAUGGCAAUCAGCCGCGGAUGUUGAGGGGGAGCAGUCAGACGACAUUCUCGGAUAUGAUGGAGAGUAGUGGGUUGGCGGGGUUGAGGAAGGGUGAACGUAAGUACCAUCCCCAUCCCUACCUCAUCUGAUUCCUCUUAUCCAUCCUUGUUCUCUUUUUCUUCUGCGAAGGAUCUCCUUAUCUUUGCAAUUUCUGUAUUAAUUCUUUUUCUUGCGUUGUGAAGAUGUAGAUGGAUCUGGAUAUGGCAAUGGAAGGACUUUGGGACUCGGGAUUGACAUCGCUAGAGGCUAUGAAGCUAAUCCGCAUCCAGCUUAUGUGUAUAAGGGCGCGCAAACUCCCUCGACUGGCUUCUCUUCUCCGCCUCGCCAGGGGAAUAAUGGGAACUCUAGACCUGGCCCGGGAAGGAGUUUUACCUAGAGUUUACAAGGCGGUCAUUGAAUGAGGGUAUGCUAGAAAGAUGAGAGGUGUUUGAUGCUAGAUUGUAUUUUUCUCUGUUCUUUUGUCUGUUGUGUUUUUGGUAUGGUGUUUGGUGUUUUCUCUCUUGGUGGGUUGGUGUGUUUUU